AUGAGCAAACCAAGACUACAAGAACAAAUUCUAUCAAAGGAGCCAUGGUAUCACGGUCUUUUACCACGUGAAGAUAUGAAAGUUUUACUUAUCGAAUCUGGCGAUUUUCUUGUUCGUUUCACUGAUCCAAAAGUUGGUGAACCGCGCAAAUUUGUUCUUUCAAUUCUAACAGCUCCCGGUGGUGGCGACGACAAAAUUCGUCAUUAUGUUUUUCGUGAAUAUUGUGAUAAAUUUGCAAUUGAUGAUAAAUGGUUUAAUACAAUUGCUGAAUUAUUGAAUUAUCAUCAUCGAACAAAAGAGCCGGUUUCAAGCAAACAAUCGGAUACUGUAUUAGUUCGACCGGUUGGAAGAGAACCUUGGGAAAAAGCGCAUAGCGAUGUGAAAUUGAUAAAAGUAUUGGGUGAAGGUGCUUUUGGAGAGGUUCAUCGUGGAGAAGUUCGAGUUGGAAAUCAAAUGAAAGCAGCUGCAAUUAAAUUGGCAAAACUUGAAGCAUUGACAAAAGAACAAAUUAAAGAAAUAAUGCAUGAAGCACGUUUGAUGCGUAAAUUUAAUCAUCCAAAUGUUGUUACUUUUUAUGGCGUUGCGGCUGGACAAGAACCAUUGAUGGUUAUUAUGGAAUUGGCUGAUAAUGGGGCACUUGAUUCAUAUUUGAAAAAGAAUUCGGCGAUUUUAUCGAUUCAAAAAAGAGGAGAAAUGAUACUUCAAGCUGCGAAAGGACUUGAAUAUUUGCAUGCACAAAAUGUUAUUCAUCGUGAUAUUGCUUCGAGAAAUUGUUUGUACGGAAAUGAUCAGGUCAAGAUUUCGGAUUUUGGUUUGUCGAGAGAAGGAUCAAGUUAUAAGAUGAAUCCACACAAAAAGUUAGUUUAGAAAAAAUGAUUGAAAAAUAUUAGAAGAAAAAUCAAAAAUUUCUACAAUUAAAAAAUUUAAAAUUUUCAGUUUUUUCAAAAACUUUUUUUCCAGAAUUCCGAUCAGAUGGUUGGCUCCAGAAGUUCCGCGCACUGGCAUGUACACUUUCAAAACUGAUGUUUUUGCCUAUGGAAUAAUGUGUUGGGAAGUUUAUCACGAUGGAGAAGAACCCUAUCCAGGAAUGCGUGUCGCUGAAGUUCUUCCAAAAGUUCAAGAAGGAUAUCGUAUGCCAUUCAAAGAUGAAGUUCCAGCCUCAAUUUCAGCGUACAUUACAAAUCGAGUUUGUCAUGGCGAUGAAUAUACAAGAUCAACAAUGAGUGACGUCGUCAAAGAUUUGCCCAAUGUUUUGGCUGGACAACACAAUUUUGGUGCGAAUUCACCAGCAAAUGGUGACCCAAGAGGUGAUGAUGAUUAUUUCGGGACUUCUUCUGCUCCACCUCCACAAGAAUCUGGAGGCACAACAAAACCUUUGACACCAAAUAAAAUGAGCAGUGAAUCAGUGGAUCAAGAUAAGGGAAAGGAGAAGCCGAGUCCAAGACAAAAUGGAAUGGCUGUUGUUUGUGAUUCGAAUCAAGGAGCACCAGCAUUUGGCGCAAAAGGUCCACCUGUUUUGUAUAUUCUCCCAUACAUGUCACACCCCGUUCAACCACCAAAUGGUGUUGUUAACACUGGUGGACCUGUUAUUGACGUCAAGGCUGAUUCGCGUAUGUUUUUUUUUUUGGCACAUUUUAUUUUUUGGAAAACUUGAUUUUUUAGCUCCAAAAGACAAGAAGAAAAAGAAUAGCAUUGUUCGAAAACCACAAAAGAAAAGCAAGGAAAAUAUGGUGAAAUCGGCAAUGAAUGGAGUCAAAAAAAUAAAGAAACCACAACUCAAAUCGACAUCUCGUAAAGGCAAAAAAUAA